GGCCAAACCCAAAAUGAAAAUUUACCCAGUGUAUCCACCAGCAUGUAUGUUGAUCAAGAAAAGGGAUCCGUCUUGUUACAGACUGCAACUGCUGAAGUGAUUCCUCCAGACAAUGACAGUUAUUCCAGAAGCGUUUGUCUUGUGGUUGACUCUUGUAGUCAGCGUUCUUACAUCAGAGCAUCUUAAAUUUGAAUUGGGAUUACCAGUCGUCGGCAGAGAUUUGUUGUUGAUUAAAACAUUUGGACAAUCAUAUGCGAGGUUACGUGUGUGUGAAAUGGUCCAAGUAGGUAUAAAAACUGUACGUAGAGCGACGGUAUAUGUCCAG